CUGAAACCGAAAGAAGAAGCGCUCUCCGGUUGGCCGGGAAGGCUGGCGGUAUUUCCUACCCUGGGUUAUCUGUAAAACGUGCUGCUACUCUGUGUGAAGAGCUAACGUUAGCUAGGUCAAUACGGGAAAGGGUGGACCGUGGAAAAGGUGAGUGCCCGGCAUGGAUUGUAACUAUGCUAAGGAAAUGAAGACAACAUAAAUUAAAUGUAUAAACUCGUAAAAAGAAUCACGCUUUCUUACUCGUGUUUGCAGCUGACGUCUGACUGAGGCCAACCGGGAAACGGUGUUCAUUCACUCGCUGAAUUGAGGCGGCUAGCGUUAGCAUAGCUAUCUGCAUCAAGUGAGUAUGGCAGCCGUUGUAUAUUGUGGUCCAAGUUGCGUUUUCGGUGAAUUGUGUGAGAUGAAAUUUAGGCAAGAAUCAAACAUACUUGGGGUAAGUUUAACGCAGUCUGUGUUGACAUCGUGAUAUUUCUCCUACUUGUAUAGCCUUAUUUGGUGAACAAAGCCGUAUGAAACCAAUGUGCGGCCUAGCCUUUCUAGCAAGCGCAAUACGCGCACUUUUUUUUUGUACUUCUCACACUGUUGCUAACUAGUUAGCUAGUUGGUCUCGGCUUAAUUACACAUUUACCGGCAACAACUAUAUAUUUAACUACUGCUACUUGUAAUACAUUAGUUACAGUUGUUAGCUAACGGUAGUUUACAAAAAUUACAUGACUGGCUAGUUAGUUACUCAAAAAUCCGACCACAGGGCCUGAAAACUAGGCCAACAUUUUUCACCGCUAGAGUUGCGACAUUUAUCCAAGUGUCUCGAUAAUGACAAUCCAAAUACAACUGGUAAUAUUGUUUUACCUUGUUCUCAGCAUUUAUCCCUUUGUUAUUGGUUCAUCACAUAAAUUAUUUCAUCUGAACUAUAGAAGUGAAUGGUUAAGACGUAUAUUUUUUCCAGAAAACAUUGUGAAAUGGUGUUAAGUCACAUAGCUUUAAAAUCGAUUUGAAAAAUGGAGUAUAAAAAUCGAAAAGCCCCAACAGUUUGCUUUUUGGCUUUUAUUAAAUAAAACAUUUUAAAUUAAUGUGUGGCUUCAGGCAGCUUGAUCAAAUCAAGUCACAUGCGCCGAAUACAACAGGUGUAGACCGUACAGUGAAAUGCUUACUUAAAGCCCAUAACCAACAAUGCAGUUUUAAGAAAAAUAAGUGUUAAGAACGUAUAUACUAAAAUAUUUAUUUAUAUAUGAACAAAAAUAGAAAAAUUGCAAAUAAUUAAAGAGCAACAAUAAAAUAACAGUAACGAGGCUAUAUACAGUGGGUACCAGUACAGAGUCAAUGUGCAGGGGCACAGGUUAGUCGAGGUAAUUGAGGUAAUAUGUACAUGUAGCUUGACGUCCCAGUCAUCCAUCCCUCUGGAGCUAGAUGGAAAGAUUUCAUGAGUCCACUACAUCAAGUUUUAUAUUACUAUUAAUCAGUCACUACUACUAUAAUUUGAUAGCCAGUAAUGAAGUUAAUCUGUUCCUCUCUCUCUCCUGGCUUCAACUUUCUAGCCAAUGUUGGCUAGCUAGGGUGCUACAUACAGGGCUCGAGGCGAACUUUUUUAAUCACUGUCCCAAAGUGCAAUUUAAAUCGUCCCAAAAUAAUAAUACGAGUUGCCUACUACUGAAAUUGAUAAAUGGGGCUGUCAACUGAGUCAGAAAUUAACAUUUAAAAGAUUGCCGCUAAAAAGGCCAACAUUGGAAUAGUAUUUCAAUCUUUUUUGCAUAAAUGUACAUAAUUAAUUAGCCUACAUGUAAAAGUGUAGCCUAGGUUUUAUGCGCCAGAAAAUUUAACCAAACUUUAGACUUUUAAUUACAUACAUAUACGCUAAACGGCAGUCAUGUUUUACAAUUAUAAUGUAGGAUCAUUAACGUCUAAAGUAUUGAUUCUGUUGACAUACUCGAGGCACAGGUUCUUCAGAUCAAAUGGUCACAAGCGGAGAGAAAGUCCGGUGCCUGUUGCGCACCGGCACACAUCACCGACUUUGCAAUCUGAGUGAAGGCAGUCGGCAUUCACAAUCCUAGUCAUAUUAGCAACCCUUGUUGCAUCUGUAGAUCUCCCCUCUUUCUAAAGUUCUAGCAGAUAUUUUCAUCUCAAUCACAUUGAAACUGCUCGUGUUUGCGGUGCCUUUUUUAGAACGGUGUGUUCCCACUAAUUGCAUUUAGGAACAUUUGUGCAUAGCCUACACCUGUGUGCACAUUGCUGCGCUUGCAAUGUGAAAAAAUAAUAGUUUAUCAACAUUUUAAGCUAAAUGUUCUGAUCUGUUGUAUCAGCCUCAUUGCUUUUAAAUAUUAUUAUUUUUUAUGGACAGUAGGCCUAGUUGUAUGAAUUUAGGCUCUAUCGUCCUUGAGUCUGUUUGAACUGUCCCCGACUAUAUAGUAUACCCAGAGAGAGAGCACAUAAUUCGAUCCUCUCUCUGGAACUGUUGAAUGAUAUUUCUGUUUAUCUCCCUUGCUGUGUUGGCUCUAGUAAUGAUUGGUAGGACUGGGGGUGGUCAGGAUACAACUCGUGCUGCUCUUCUCACGCACUUGACUGCUGCAGCGCUCUCUCAACACCAAUGACUGUGCUCAACACUCACAGCCCUCCCCAUCACUCACUCAGCAACAGCCUGCCUCACUUCUGAUAGUCAACAGCAGCAGGUCACAGUGAAAAUAAUAGAUCAAAUAAAUAAUAAUAAUUAGACAUGCCAUGAUGGUCGCAGUGCAAUUUAGAAAUAGCUCAAACUUGCGACCAAUACAUUUUCACCUGCAGCAUAGUUUUCAAAGUAGCCCAAUGUGGCGUGAAAACCGCGGACAUAGCAACCCUGGUUGCGUUUGUUUCAAUCCUGCCCACAGCUGGCACCACACAGAUAGUCAUCAAUUUGGAGUGCAGUUGCACGCGACCCCGAUCGUAAUUCCUGUGGUAAAUUUGGGUUGACUUUGCAUAUCCUUUUGGGGCUAGUUAGGGGCCAUCGGUAAAUUAGUGUACAUGGGACUAUAUAACAUUCCAAUAGCUCAAAAUUUCAAUGACUUAACCUAAAACAUAGAUUGUAGAAAUGUGUAUACAAAUAUUAAAAGCAUUUAACGAGAACUAAAAGGUGUGCAACAUGAAAAUAUUAUCAUUUACACUGUUUUUUUUUGCCGGUCCCUAACUAGCCCUUGCGAUUCAAAGUCAAACCAACUUUGCCACGUGCGAAUACACAGGAAACUCAUCAAACCACACCCCAAAACCAACACACAGCAUUUCUUAAUUAACCAAAUCUAAAGCGACGGACAUCAGGCUGCCUGCAGCCACACGUGAAUUUACAUGUUUUAUUUAAUAAAAGAAGCCUAAAGUGCAGUCGCCCUUUUAAUGUUAGCUAAUGUUGUGGCUAGCUAACUCACCUUGAUUCCGCCUCUUAUUUGUAGCUUGUGCUGAAACUAUUUGAUUGUUGACAGGGUGUUCCCAUAAGAUAAUGAGCUUUUGGAUAAAUUGGUGGUUAUUUCCUACCCACUGCAAAAGGCCAUGCUAGUUCUGAAGGUCUGUAUGGUGUUUCACAAGGUCUCAAUGUUUGCCACUCCUUUAUCUGGUUUCAGAUUUUAAGAUGUCCUACUCGUCGUCACGAAGCUCCUCGCGUAACACUGACUGCAAGGUGUAUGUGGGUGACCUAGGCAACGGUGCUGCCAAGGGGGAGUUGGAGCGGGCAUUCAGCUACUAUGGACCUCUGCGCAGCGUCUGGGUGGCCAGGAACCCACCUGGCUUUGCCUUUGUUGAGUACGAAGAUCCCAGAGAUGCUGAGGAUGCAACGAAGGGCAUGGAUGGCAAGUGAGUACACGUGCGGUUGCAUUGCUUACUGCAGCAGCACGGUAUUCUGAGUGGAUUCAUAGGGCUCAAUCUUUGACACUUGGACUUCAAUGUAAAAUAUUUUUCAGAUUUUUCCUCAAUUGCAUGCGUUACACCUUUACAAGAACUGACAGAAGGCUAUAUAUCCCAAUAUGCCAUCUAUUCUUAAACCAUUGUCAUGUUUCAGAGUGCUCUGUGGUGCCCGCAUAAGAGUGGAGCUGUCAACAGGCAUGUCUCGCAAGUCACGCCACGACCGCCCCAGCCGCCGGCACUUCGACCCCAACGACCGCUGCUACCAAUGUGGCGAGAACGGCCAUUAUGCAUAUGAUUGCUAUCGCUUUAGCAAGAGGGGGGGCGGCCGCCGCAGCAGGUACAGUGUUGAGGCUGUCUUCUCCAGAAUGUCUCUUUCACUGUUAUUGGAAUGUCACUUUCGUUGAAUGAUAUUCAACGACAUGGUGGCUCCUAGAGAAUGUAAUUUUUGUGGAGGCAUCAUACAUAUUUGUUGACUUUAAAUGCUAUACCUUUAUACUGCACACAUUUGAUAAAUGAUCCACUCCCAGGUCCCGCUCACGGUCAAGGUCCAGGGGAAGGCGUUACCGCUCACGCAGCCGAAGCAACGGCCGCGACCGGUGAGUGGUUCUGUGUCACAAAAGGACCCCUGCAAGUUGACUCGAAGGGUCAAACUAUCUUUUGAAGAACUUGGAGUGUCUUUAUUUUUAUUUGAUCAUUUUAUUGUUCUAGCCGAAUUUGAACCUGUCUGAAAUUCGAAGAGACCGACCUGACUGAUUCAGAUCAGUGUUCUCUUAAUUGCUAUUAAUAGCUUUAUGAGUUCCCUUAUCUCCCUCCAACAGGCGUUAUAGAUCCCCAUCAUACUCAAAGCGCAGAAGCAGGUAAGACUUAAUCUACUGCAGAAAUCGGUGAACAUAUUUUUAUCUCUUUAUUGUAUUUUUUCUGACUUAGUUUGUAGCUACUGUCCCAACUACAGUGCCUUCAGGAAGUGUUCACACCCCUUGAAUUUUUCCACAUUGUUGUUACAAGGUGGGAUUAAAAUGGAUUUAAUUGUCUUUUUUUUGUGAACGAUCUACACAAAAUACUCUUGUCAAAGUGGAAGAAGAAUUCUGCCACUGUACCCAUGAGUUUAACAGCCAAAUUGCCAGGGUUAGAGGUUCCAAGCCUGUUUUAUUAAUUAUAUUUCUGUGUGGGGUGUUGCCUGGGAAACCGAAGACUCGUUCGCUUUUUUUAACAAGGAGCAAAGUUUUAUCACGUUGUAAAAAAAUAAAUACUAAUCUUCAUUACAUAAGUGUUCAACCCCUUGAGUCAAAUGUUAGAAUCACCUUUGGCAGUGAUUACAGCUGUAAGUCUUUCUGGGUAAGUCUCUAAGAGCUUAUUUUAAAAAUGGUUCAAACUGUCAAGUGGGUUGUUCAUCAUUGCUAGACAGCCAUUUUCAAGUCUUGCCUUAGAUUUCCAAGCUGAUUUAAGUCAAAACUGUAACUAGGCCACUCAGGAACAUUGCAUUUCAUCUUGGUAAGCAACUGUUUUAGGUUAUUGUCCUGCUGAAAGGUGAAUUUGUCUCCCAGUGUCUGUUGGAAAGCAGACUGAACCAGGUUUUUUUUUUUUUUGCCUGUGCUUAGCUCUAUUCCAUUAAUUUUUAUCCCCCCCAAAAACUCCCUAGUCCUUGCCGAUGAAAAUCAUACCCGUAAAGUGGUGCAGCCACCACCAUGUUUGAAAAUAUGAAGUGGUACUCUGUGAUGUUGGAUUUGUCCCAAACAUAACGCUUUGUAUUCAGGACAUAAAGUUAAUUUCUCUGCCACAUCUUUUGCAGUUUUACUUUAGUGCCUUAUUGCUAACAGGUUGCAUGUUUUGGAAUAUUUUUAUUCUAUGUAGGCUUCCUUUUCACGGUCAAUUCGGUUAGUAUUGUGGCGUAACUACAAUGUUGAUCCAUCCUCAGUUUUCGCCUAUCACAGCCAUUAAACUGUCAACUGUUUUAGUCACUAUUGGCCUCAUGGUGAAAUCCCUGAGCGUUUUCCUUCCUCUCCGGCAAUUGGGUUAGGAAGGUCGCCUGUAUCUUUGUACUGGCUGGGUGUAUUGAUGCACCAUCCAAAGUGUAAUGACUUCUCCAUGCUCAAAGGAAUGUUCAAUGGCAGCUUUUUUUUCUCUCCCCCAUCUACCAAUAGGUGCCCUUCUUUGCGAGGCAUUGGAAAAACUUCCUGGUCUUUGUGGUUGAAUCUGUGUUUGAAAUUCACUGCUCGACUGAGGGACCUUACAGAUAAUUGUAUGUGUGGGGUACAGAGAUGAGGUAGUCAUUCAAAAAUAAUGGUAAACAUUAUAAUUGCACACAGAGUCCAUGCAAUAUAUUAUGUGACUUGUUAACCACAUUUCCCUCCAGAACUUUAGGCUUGCCAUAACAAAGGGGUGGAAUACUUAUUGACUCAAUACAUUUCAUAUUUUUUAUUAAUAAUAAAUACAUAAUUCCACUUUGACAUGGGGUAUUGUGCGUGUAGGCCAGAGAUACAAUCACAAUUUAAUCCAUAUUAAAUUCAGGCUGUAACACCACAACAUUUGGAUAAAGUCAACGGGUGUGAAUACUUUCUGAAGGCACUGUUUAGUCAUCCCAACCCUUAGUUUGCUUAUAGUGGCUAGAGCAGCUUUGAAUAGAUGACAUGGUGACGCCGAGGGUAUUGUCUUUGCACAGUAGAUCUGGAUCCCCAGCACGAUCCAAGUCCAGAAGUCCAGUGCGCAGGUCAUCCAGAAGUCCUGUGCGCAGAUCCAGGACCCCAGUUCGUCGGUCCAGGACUCCAGUGCGCAGAGCAGCCAGGUACGGCUCCUAUACACGAUAAAGUCAGUAAUGAAGUGGUCUUUCAACAUGGUAGCCCAUCAUCCAGCUCUUACUGAGAUAGAUGAUGCAACUGAAAGUAAUGACUGAUAAAAAAAAAAAUGAUGAUUGUAAGUGCUACUUUCAUUUUAUUGACCGGACACUGUGGCCCUAGAAAUUAAACAUGGUGUAGUGUCGCCACUGCACCGCUCUAAGGUGGUUUUCAUCAAUCUUAAAAUCAACCUAUAUUGCACCCGAGACUGUACUGUCAUGGCAGAGGCACCUUCCUCGUAAAAUCUAUUCCUUGGGAGAAUAAUACAGGAUUUUGACAUAAUCUGACUAGAAGACCUGAGAUGUUAUUUUCUAUAUGUUGAAUGUAUACCAAUAACCAAUGUAUGCCAAUACCUGUUGGAUAAACUCAAGACCGCCCUGAUGGAAAUUGUAAAAUAGUUAAAUGUCGACAAAACAAAAUAUGCUAGACGAGGGUGGAUAAUAUUUUGUUGGUGAUUAGAUUAUGCGACGAAUUGAGGCGUGUGCAAUUGUUUCAGAUUGUCUAAUAGUCACAUUUGCAGGGUAUAGUGAAAAUCUUAGGCUUCGAGCUCCAACAUGCAGGACUAGUGAAAUAAAAUAAUGAAAAUGGUAAUAAGGGGAGUAGCAGGGGGGAGGGGGGAACGGGUAGCUGACUAGUGGUGGCUAUUCAGCAGCCUGAUGGUCUGAGGGUAGAAACUAUUGGCCAGUCUUUCAGUUUUUGCCAUGAUGCUCCUGUACAGCCUGCAUGAGUAAUUGAAGCGGGGAGAACAGGACGUGGCUGGGGUCCCUGAUGAUCUUCUUGGCCUUCCUGUAACACCUGGUGUUGUAGGUGUCCUGAAGGGCACCCAAUGGAGCGUUCGGCUGCACAUAUCACCCUCUGAAGAGCCUUGCGGUCCGCGACGGUGGAGUUGCCGUACCAGGCUGUGAUGCAGCCCGACAGUAUGCUCUUGAUGGUGCUCCUGUAGAAAACUGAGGGCCCUCAAGGACAGGCUGAAUUUCUUCAGCAUCCUGAAGUUGAAGAGUCGCUGUUGUGCCGUCUUUAAAAAAAAAAACAUUUUUAGUCAUUUAGCAGACGCUCUUAUCCAGAGCGACUUACAGUUAGUGAGUGCAUACAUUUUUCAUCUUCACUGCAGUGUCCAUGUGGUUAGACCAUUUCAGCUUCUCUGAGAUGUGUACGCCAAGGAAUUUGAAGUUAUUGACCGUCGAUGAAGAUUGGGGCAUGUCCAGCCUGAUUCCUGUUGAAGUCCACAAUCUGAUCCUUUGUUUUGCUAACACUGGGGGAGAGAUUGUUUACCUGGCACCACGCCAUCAGAGUGCCUACCUCCUCCCUGUAGGCUGUCUCGUUUUUGUUGAUCAGGCCUACUACUGUCGUGUUGUCAGCGAAGUUGAUGACGAAGUUGGAACUGUGAGGCAACGCAGUCGUGGGUAUACAGAGAAUACAGGAGGGGACAGAGGACACACCCUUGUGGGGCCCCCGUGUUGUGGAUCAGUGUUGGAGGUCAUGUUGUCUACCUUAACCACUUGGGGGCGGCCCGUCAGGAAGUCCAGGAUCCAGUUGCAUAGGGAGGAGUUCAGACCCAGGGUUCUGAGCUUUGUAAUGAGCUUAUAAGGCACUAAGUCGAUGAACAGCAUUCUAACAUAUGCAUUCCCUUUGUCCAGCUGGGUAAGGGCCGUGUGCUGGGCAAUGGCCAUUGCGUCGUCCGUGGAUCUGUCAGGGCGGUAGGCGACUUGGAAAGGCUCAAGUGUCUGGGAGGGAGGAAGUGAUGUGGUCUUUGACUAGCCUCUCAAAGCACUGAUGACGGACGUGAGUGCUACUGGUCGGUAGUCAUUCAGUUGGUUUACUUUCCUUUUCUUGGGCACAGUGAUGAUAGUGGACAUCUUUAAGCAGGUGGGUAUAGAGGCCUACGCUAGGGAGAGAUUGAAAAUGUCAGAGAACACAACAGCCAGCUGGUCUACACAUGCUCUGAGGGCACGGCUAUAGAUGCCAUCUGGGCCAGCAGCCUUGCAACACGUUUGAAUGACUUACAUAUGUCCCCAGUAGAGACUGAGUGUGUAGCCCACAUUGUCACCGGGGGCUCUCCUCGGCAGCUCAGGGAUAUUGUGCUCGAAUCUUGAGAAAAAUAUGUUUAGCGUGUCUGGUAGGGUGGCAUUGGUGACCGUGAUGUAGCUGGCUUUCUUUUUGUAAUCCGUGAUUGUUAGGAGCCCCUGCCACAUACGCCUUGUCCAACCCGCUGAAUUGCUCCUCCACUUUCUCUAUACUUGUUUUGAUUGAUCUGCGUAAGUCAAAGUAUUGUCCCCGGUCACCUUGCCCAGUUUAUAAGCAGCAUCUCUCUUUCAGUUUCCCUGCAAGGCUGCUAUCAAUCCACAGUUUUUGAUUUGGGUACAUUGUGAAAGAUCCUAUCGGUAUAACAUAAUCUAUGCAUUUUUUUUAUGAAUCCGGUGACUGAGUCGGCGUAUUCAUUGAUAUUAUCUCCAGAGGCAACCCGGAACAUAUUCCAGUCCACGUGAUCAAAAGUCUUGGAUCGUGAAUUCUGAUUGGUCAGAACAACGCUGUACCGACCUGAUCACCGGAACUUGAGUCUUUGUUUGUAGGCGGGGAGACGCAUGAUGGAGUCAUGGUUGGAUUUUCCGAAAGGAGGACGGGAGAGGGCCUUAUACCCGUGUUGAAAAGGUGUGUAGCAAUGGUCAUGAGUAGAAUUUCCGCGAGUUAGACAGUCUGUGUUGGUAAUAAUUUGGGAGCACGGUUCUCAAAUAACUUUUGUUAAAGUCCCCCGCCACAAUGAACGCUGCCUCCGGGAAUGCAGUCUCCAGUUUGUUCAGGGUCCAAUGAAGACCUUUUGAGAGCCUUUUUGGUGUCUGCUUGGGGCGGGAUGUACACAGCCAUGGCGGUUAAUCCCGCUGAACUCUCUCGGAAGGUAAAAAUGACUACAUUUUAUGACCAAGUAUUCCAUGUAAGUUUCCCCUGUCGCACCAUGUGUUUGUCAUAAAGCAGAGCCCACCACCCUUGCUCUUGCCAGAGAGUCCGCUUCCUAUCAGCUCGAAAAACUGUAAAACCCGCUGAUUGUAUAUAAUCCGUCUGGAUGUCGGAGGAAAGCAAAGUCUCAGAAAAAAAGUGUGUUGCAGGAUCUGAUGUCCCUUUGGAAGGAGGUCCUUGUUCUGAGUUCUUAAAGUUUGGUCAUUAAUGAUUGAACAUUGGCGAGUAGUAUAAUUGGUAAUAGAGGAUGGGUCGCCCGUCGUCUUAAUCUCACUAAGACCCCGCCACGUCUGCUUCUCCUUUGGCAUCUUCACUUCCUACUCUCGGGUAGGACUCCCAAGCUCCUCGCCGAAGAAGCUAAUCCAUUGUUCUGUUGAGUCAGGGAUUUCUGGGAGGUCGGGUGGACGGUGAGUAUCCAGUGAUUCGUAUUCCAAUAGUUCUACCCGUGUGUGUGUUUGUAGUAAUGCACGAAACAAACUGAUUAAGAAAAUUAGAGAAAAACACAAAAUAGAAACCUGCAAUGUUUUAUCGGAGCUCGAGGCGCCCUCUGUUCGCUUAGGCCAUGUCUUUGCCAUGUUGAUAGUGUCGUUCGAGUGAGUGGCAUGGCAAUUAUUGCUGAUGACAGAAAGGAUCUGCCGCAUACUGAACGUUGAAUCAUAAGGUUUAUUCAGAUCACAACUCAGCAUGGGUGCAGACUCGCGAGUCUGGAGAGCAUGUCCUCCAAUUCUAAAAGGCUGCUCUGUCCCUAUCUUCUUCGUGUACCCCUAUUUAUUAAACAUUCACAAGAUGGGCUCCCUCUUCUGGCCAAUCACACCAGUUGUACAACACCUUCCCUGUAUUAUAUGUGACAUUAUACUAGAAAACUAACAUUGCCUUUUGAUACUAACAUAACCAACAUUGCCAUUGCUCUCAUGAAACAUUUACAAAGACAUAAUCUUAAUACACUACAAUAGAAUAACACUGUUGCGGUAAAUUUGCAGUGUGGUCCUCUCACUUCGACUUAAAAGCAUGCACAGUAUAUUAGGCUACAGACUCAAUAAAUUGUGAUUAACUUCACAGGGUGGUGAAAGUGCACUGUGAUGAGCUUGAUGCUCCUUUCCCAAUAGAUGGAUGUUUAUCUGUGUUUGGCUGCCAAUUGACAAAUACAAAUGAUCUUAUCCAUUCUUAGCCUACCCUCUACACAUAUCUGCCAGUUGUUGGCUAGAGCGCAUGCCAAGACCAGUGUGCACAUUUGCUGUUUAUCAAAUACUUUUUGUGGCAGAACAUUGAACAAAGUAUGAAAAAAUAUAUGUAUGCACUCACUAACUGAAAGUCGCUCUGGAUAAGAGCGUCUGCUAAAUGACUAAAAUGUAAAGUAAAAAAGGGGAUGGAAACUCAUUGCCUUUGUUUUUUAUUCAGUAAAUGAAAGUUAUAUUAAAGUGCUUUUUUUGUUCACUACGUCAUUACGCACAGCCUUUUAUUCACAAGAAGCCAGUUUGAUGUAAACAACGCUAUCGGUAAAAUGCUAAUAUUAUAAUAUUUGCUUUAAAAAUUGAUGGAAACCUAGCUAGUGCUUGAAAUGGAAUAAAAACUGUUGCCAGUACAAAAAAUAACCAGUAUUGCAUUGAGGAUUUAGAGGCCCCUCCUUGCCUACUGACAACCAUACUGUUUCCUCUUCAGUCGCUCCCGAUCUCGCUCCCGUUCCCGGUCGGUGUCCCGCCCCAGGGCGCGCAGCGUCUCCAGAUCUCGCUCCCGGUCCAAGUCCCGCUCCGCCACCGCCAAGAGGGACAGGUAUUAAACUUCAGUCUACACUGCUUUUCCAUCUUCUGCACCACAGAUGUGGUCCUCUUUUUCCAGUUUAUCCCAGAUUACUUGCUAUUGUGUAGUAAUGGGGAUUUCCAGAUGCUUGUGCAAUUUUCGGUUUCUACCUUUUUUGUCCCCAGUAUCGAAACAUGAUGAUCAUUUCAAUUAGGAGUAGUGGUUUGAGAGCUCUCCACACUGCCUGGUGCACUGUGCUGAAGGAAUAGCUAUGCUAAUGUUCUUCCUUUGUUUCAAAGGUCAUGCUCUGCUGAAAAUGCUAACUGUCUUCCUGCCUUAUUUCAGCCGAUCCAGGUCUCCGAGCCAGAGGAAAAGCCCUACACCUGAUGCCGACUGACCAUGGGGGUGAGACCGCUCCCAGCCCUCUUCUGUUCCGCUGUCCCUAUUUGCCUCGGGGCUUGAAGCCAUUUUACACCUUUGUCAAUGUAUUUGAUAUCUUUCUCCUCCUGUCAUUUUUCAAAAAUGUAUCCCUUGGUUUUCAUCCUCUGGCUUUGGCAUUAUUAUUUAAUCUGUAUGUACAACGGAUUCCCAAACUGUCAUUUUCCCAUCAUGUACAUUUCAAUGGCUCUUUUUACAGCAUUGAGGAUAAUUUUUUUUUGCAUUCUGUGCGUUUUAAUCCAGUUUGUCAGUGGCCAUUUUUUUGUUUUUUUCUGAAUGAUUUGGGGUUUUAUUUCAAUGUAAAUGGCGGUAUCUUUUUA